AUGGCCAACACAACCUUGGUGGCCAGUUCUAAUGCGAAUGAUAGUGCAACAGCCCUUAAUUUUACCUCGGACAAAACAAACUCUACUUUUACCGACCAACCCAGAUUUGCUGCAUCCUCUACAUCAAAAAUUUACCCUACUGAUGUGUCACCUCUCUGGGGACCCUUCGAAAAUAAAGGCCUUUCACGCCAAGCUUUGUCCUUCAUCAUGUCAUCCUGGAGACAAAGCACGCAACAGCAAUACGUCUCGUACAUCC